UACCUAACAUGUCAAUAUGAUUGGCACAGGGCUACAGCUUCUUGGAUAGUGAGACAUGGCGGAGUUUGUGGUCUCACGUAGAGGUCUCCUGAAGAGUUUUUACACUUUUGAACAUGUAGAAAGUACUUAAUUUUAGGGCGACAAUGCCUCUGUAACGUCUGCAGAGCAGCGCUUGGCGAGGCAGAGACGUCUCUUUUCAGGAAGGACGGAGCGGCGGUUGGGAAAACGUGUUGUCAUCUUCGCGCAGUCAACAGCCUUGAGCAACAAAUAUGGCUACUUCUUGUGUAUCCUUAAAUUCGGGUUGAAAAACCGUCCCUCAUGGGCCGAGCGGGAUAGUUUCCAUGGAGUCACGACAGUGGUCCGAAGUUAAGUUGGCUCCCAAAAAGACUGAGAAGCUGGAUUUGUCCCGAAUCUGGUUCGGUUAAAGCGAAGGGGGAGGAGGAACAGAAGUAGGAGAGAUGGAACCCAGGCAUAAAGAGUUGUUGGAGAAAUGUUAUCCGAAUUUAGUGGAGUCGAUAACAGAUGCUGACCGAGUUGUGGAUGUUUUGGCACACUGCGGGACCCUUAGCCAGUCUGAACGCUAUGAGCUGGGACACAACUGCUCAUCCAACUCGGAAAAAGUGGACCUUCUCCUGAAGAUACUGAUAAGUAAGGACAGAGACUAUUUCGCAGAGUUUUGCACGGUCCUGGAGAAGACCCACCCCCACUUGCACUCUGUGUUGCUGAAUGGCAUCGGACCAGUGGAUCAUACAACCGGGUCCACUUGCAGCGUCUUGUCCACCAUGCCUUCGGACUCGGAAAGCAGCAGCUCUCUCAGCAGCUUAGGUACGCCUGCUCAAGCCUCUUCCCCACCGCCCGCCCACAUGGACAGCCACCAGGUGAACGAGAAGAUGGACACGGUUCUCUUCCAGCUCAGACAUGUGACCCGUGAAAGAGAUGAGCUACGUAAACGUCUGGCUCUCUCUUCACCCGGAACCACCUUUGAUGACUGCAGUAGACCACCUACAAAAGCAGGUCAUGACUAUGAGCGUCUGAAGCUGCAGUGCAUGAAGGCGAUGGCAGACCUGCAAUCCCUGCAGAACCAGCAUAGCACCACCCUGAAAAGGUGUGAGGAGGCUGUGAAGAAAGCAGACUACUACCAUACGCUGCACAGCUGUCUGGUGAGCGAGCACGCCCAGCUGAAAGAGGAGCUUGAGGCAGUAAGACAGGACAACAUCCAGCUGGUCAGGGAUCACAGUCAUGUGAAGCGAGCCUGUGAGGAGCUGAGGAGGCUGCAUGACGAUGACCAGCGAGAGGUGACGGACAUGAGGACGCUGCACCAGCAGGUGAUGAGAGAGGCCUCAUCCGAUGUCCUCAACAAGCUAUAUGACACAGUUGUGGACAAAUUGGAAGCCAUGAAGAGUGACUAUGAGGCUCUGAGGAAGCGAUACAAUGAGAAGACAGCAAGUCACAAUGCAGAUCUGAGUCGUCUGGACCAGGCUGAAGAGGAGAACCAUCGGUUACAGAAACAGAUGGACAUGCUGCUGAUGCAAAGAGAUGCUGCUAUCAACUACCAACAGCAGUAUUCCACAUCUAUACGAAGGUUUGACAACACACAGCAAGAGCUGUCCAAGACUGCAGCACAGAACCAGGAGCUUCAGCGAGAGAUGGAGCGGCUGCAGUCAGAGGCAACACGGCUCAAGACCCAGCAACUCAAGGCAGUAAAGGACUGCGAGAAAUACAAGGAGGAGCGGGACUCUGUGAUUAGUGAGUAUCGUCUGAUCAUGAGCGAGCGGGAUCAGGUAAUCAAAGAGGUGGACAGGCUUCAAACCGGACUGGAGAUGGCAGAGGCCAAGCUGAAGAACACUUCCUCAGAGAGACGGGUGGCCAAUGAAGAGCUGGAGGCUCUUCGACAGGAGCUGUCUUCAGCACUGGUGGACAGGGACCGGGCUAUCUGUGAAAAGAAUGAGCUGCUGGAGAAAUACUGCCACGAGGUGAAGGACAAGGCUGAGGCCCAGAAGGAGCUGAGCCAGGCCUGCAAGGACAUUGAAAUGGUGCGAGAGGAGAGGGAUGUGGCCCGUAAGGAGAGGACAGAGGCCAUCAUCCAAAGGGACCAGCUGUUGCAAGAGUAUUACCAGGCCAGACAGAAACAAGACUCUGCCACUCUGGAUAUGGAACGAGCCAACAAGGAGAUCGAGAUGCUGAGGAAGCAGUACGAGGCCAUCUCUCAGGAGCUGAGGGAGGCCUCGCAGGACGCCGAGGUAGCCAAAUGUCGACGGGACUGGGCCUUUCAGGAGAGGGACAAGAUAGUGGCAGAGAGGGAGAGCAUACGCACGCUAUGUGACAAACUGAGGCGAGAGAGGGACAGAGCUGUGAGUGACCUGGCAGAAUCUCUGAGGAAUCUGGAUGACAUGAGGAAGCAGAAGAAUGACUCUGCACGGGAACUCAAAGAACUAAAAGAAAAGAUGGAGGACCAGUUAGAAAAGGAAGCAAGGUUUCGUCAGCUAAUGGCUCACAGUUCACACGAUUCAGCUAUUGACACAGACUCAAUGGAGUGGGAAACGGAAGUUGUUGAAUUUGAGAAGGAUAGGGACAUGGAUUUGAAAGCACUUGGGUUUGAUAUUGCUGAAGGGGUAAAUGAUCCUUAUUUACCAGGGGACUGCGGGAUAUUUGUCAGUAAGGUGGAUAAAGGAAGUAUUGCUGAAGGAAGAUUAAGGGUGAAUGAUUGGUUGUUGAAAAUUAAUGAUGUAGACCUGACUAAUAAGGACAGGAAGCAGGUGAUCAAAGCAGUGCUGAGUGGAGAAGGAGUAAUCAAUAUGGUGGUUCGCAGAAGGAAAUCACUAGGAGGACGGGUCAUCACAGCGAUCCACAUAAACUUGGCUGGACACAAAGAUAGUGGCCUAGGCCUGGAAAGUGGAGUAUUUGUUGCUACUUUGGCUCCAGGCAGUCCAGCUGCCAGAGACUGUGCUCUGACUGUUGGGGACAGACUGCUAGCGAUUAAUGGAAUUGCACUUGAUAACAAGUCGCUCUCUGAAUGUGAGUCACUGCUGAGGAACUGCUGCGAUUCUCUCAGCGUCUCCCUCAUUAAGUUCCUCCCACAAAGCUGUUCUGGUCAGAGUUUAUUUGAAAGUUUGAAGGACUCGGAAAGGUUUUCUCGGCUCCAGUCCUGUGAGGUCUACACCAGGAGCUGCAAGAACUCCAUGCAUAACUGUUCUACACAAACAGAAAUUUGCAGUUGUGACUUGGGUGGCAGAGGGGAGGAAGAGUGCAAGGAUACAGGUGACUCUUUAGACAGCAGCAGCACCAGUCACUCCCAUCAUAAGCCCUUUUCCAGCAGCUCUCUACAUUCGCGCUCCCUUUCCGCUUCUCACGCUCCCUUAGAACCCCACCCAGACUUCUGCUACAGGAGGCAGGAACUUCGCCAACACCCUUUCACCUUCACCACUGUGCUGUCUGAUUGCAGCUCACCUCAGACAGCUGGGGACCAUUUGAGUUCUGUAGCUAAACCCACUGGAGGCACAUGGCCUAAAGUCAUAGGAGCAUCUAGUCCUCAGUAUGCCCAACUGUCCAUCUACAAGAAACCCAAACAGAGGAAGUCCAUCUUUGAUGCGAACACUUUCAGGAGACCUGAGGCCACCCCAAAUUUGGACUACAUAUCUCUGUCCCAGUUGCCUGAGCACUCACCGCAGAGCUUGAUAUCUGAAUCUGCUCAGGCCCCUCCCAUACCACCAACCAGGAGCGACUCGUUCAGGUUCAAACAUCGACAGCAGAGCAGCUCGGCAUCAGACUCCACCGUCACUACUGGCACUCCCUCGGCUUCUCCGACCCAAGCUACGAGCCUACAGGAUGAGCAAGAGCCAGGUAACCACCUCUACUACACCGACACUACUCCAGGAAUGAAGAGUGGCUCUAAGAAACCUGCUGAGGUGGAGGAGAGCCGGCACAGGGCAGAGGAGCGGGAGAAGAGGAGGUAUCGGCCAAAAUCUGCACCGGCAUUGCGACGAAAUGUGACUCCAUUACACAUCCCUCUUCCCAUGCAGUUGCAGAGUUUCUCUAAUGAAGAGCACUCCCCAGAGCCAAUGGAAUUGUUACGCUUUUCUCCUAUAAGAACUAAUCGGUACUGCGCGCCUUUUGCUCCACCCGGCUACAGGAGCAUCACAGGACACCCUGGAUUAGCCCCAUGUACCUCUGUGACUGCUGUGAUGAGGAACCCAGUCUACACUGCCUGGAGCCAUGAGAUCCAGAGCAAUAAGUGUCUUCCAGCUUCCAGCUCAGGAGUCCACUCACAUUCACAUACAAGCCCCCAGCAUCAAGGUUGCCUCAGCCUGGACCUCGGCCACAAGAGUGCUGGAGAACUGACUGAGAUGAGCUGCAGCCAAGCACCACAGAACACUCACUCCCUGCCUGCUGGGAGCAGAAUGGGCUUCUCCAGUACUUCACCAUUUAGGGCAGAACGCAUUAGGAUGCCUCCAAGUCAUUAUCCUCGCUCCACUGGAUCUGACAGAGGCUUUCUCACACAUUCAGAGUAUAGCAGCCUGACACCUCCAGUUUUCCCAGUCAACCUGGAGACAUCGUCUUUCACCAGCAACCAAUCACAAAGCUCCUUUUCCACCCAGCCCAGGAUAUCAGUCAGCAGUGCUCCAGUUGGCGACAGGCGGAAGGAUGGGCCAUACUUGGAGGAACCACGUAAUGUGACAGUACAGAAAGGAGCAGAACCACUGGGGAUCUCCAUUGUGAGCGGAGAGAACGGCGGAGUAUUUGUGUCCAAAGUGACAGCAGGCAGCAUUGCACACAAAGCUCAUUUAACAUAUGGAGACCAACUCCUGGAGUUCAAUGGAAUCAACCUUCGCAACGCCAAUGAGCAGCAAGCACGGCUGGUGAUCGGACAGCAAUGUGACACUGUCACCAUUCUGGCUCAGUAUAAUCCUCACAUGUUUCAUCUGGGUAACCACUCUCGUACAGGUUCUCAUAUGGAGGCCAUCAGCAACCAGCCAACACCCCAGGACAGCAGAGCCAUGACCCCAGACAGUCAUUCCACCACUGAUACAUUGAGUGAGCAGGAUGAGGGCACCAUGACACCGCCGUCCAGACAGAUGACUCCUGCCACCAGCCCUUACAACUCCUUCAGAUGUCCUGGUUCAAGUUCCCGUAGGGCUGCGGCACCUCGGCUGGUGAGGCUGAAGAGGAUCCAGGUGGAACUAGGACUUCAGAUCUGUGGAGGAAACCUUUGCGGCAUCUUUGUAGAGAGUCUGGAAGAUGACAGCCCUGUCAAGGGUCCGGAUGGUCUGCUGCCUGGAGACUUGAUAAUGGAGUACAAUGGCAUCAGCAUGAAGAACAGAACUAAAGAGGAAGCAUACCUGGAAAUGUUGAAACCAGCUGAAACCAUCACAUUCAAGGUCCAGAGCUAUACAGAUGACCUUGCCUUGAUUAAGGAAUUUCCUGGAGAUGGAUUUUUCAUAAGAGCACUUUAUGAGCGGGUGGCAGAGGUGGAGCAGGAACUGAGCUUUAAAAAAGACGACAUCCUCUAUGUUGAAGACACACUACCAAAUGGCAAUUUUGGCUACUGGGUGGCCUGGCAACUUGAUGAGAAUGCACAGAAGCUAAAGACAGGGCAAAUUCCAAGUAAAUACAUGAUGGAUCAGGAGCUGUACAGAAGACAUUGCAUGGCUGAUAUGAAAGACGAUAACGGCACCAACAAGACCCUGUCUCCUGCUGCACGGAGGUCCUUUUUCCGUCGGAGACUGAAGCACAAGCGCAGUGGAUCCAAGGAUGGGAAGGACCUGAUAACGCUAGAUGGCAUAAGCGCAGACUCUUUACCCAUCACUGAGGAUGGUUUGAGCCUGAUGUACCAGCGGGUUCAGAAAGUGGAGUGCUCAUCCCCCAGACCAGUGCUGAUCUUGGGUCCUUUGGUGGAGCUCAUUAAGGAUGUUCUGGUGAAGGAGGCUCCAGGCAAGUUCUGUCGUUGUCUCCCUGAGAUUAUGAAGGCAUCUCAGCAGGCAAUAGAGCGAGGAGUUAAAGACGGUGUGUUUAUUGACUAUAAACGGAGGAGCGGCCAUUUUGAUGUGACAACUGUUGCAUCGAUAAAAGAGAUCACGGAGAAGGACUGUCACUGUUUACUUGACAUUGCCCCUCACGCCAUUGAACGUCUUCACAGUGUUCACAUCUACCCAAUCGUCAUAUUCAUUCACUACAAAAAUGCCAAGCAGAUAAAAGAGCAGAAGGACCCUCUCUACCUGCGGGAUAAACUCUCUCAGAAACAUUCCAAGGAGCAGUUUGAACUGGCACAGAAAAUAGAGCAGGAGUACAGUUGCUUCUUCACAGACGUUGUCCAAGGAGGCAGCGUCUCCUACAUUUGCACUCAGAUCAUGACCAUCGUGGAGCAGGAACAGAGUAAAGUACUGUGGAUUCCAGAUGGAGCAUCAUAGAAAUUUCACCUCAUGUCACUUGGGAACCUUAGAGAGGAUGUUUAUUUUUAUUAUGGGAUACACAGUGAAUCGGUACCUUUUUAAAAGACAUCAUGGUUAGCGCCAAUUCUUCACAUAUAGCAAUAUCUGCACUGAUGAUAUUAUAUAAUACUCCCACUAAAAUAGUGAUGUACUGUACUACAGAUAGGUUUGUUUACACUAGUGUUUAAUACUUGAAAUACUCUUAAUUUUCCCUUAUAUAUAGUAGCAACCCAGUUUAAACCCACAGGAAGUCUGCCUCGAGCAAAACAGGACUUCAUUACUGAAGUGAACGUUGACAGGACCACUGUUUUCCCUUAUCUGUAUUUAUACACAGUUCUGCCAUUUGAUGAAUUUAAACAAAUCAAAAUGUUUGGUUAUAAACCUUCUGUUAUGCAAAUGUAGUCUAGGUAAUAGGAAGGAUAUUUCUCCAGUUCAUCUUCUUACUGAUGGAGGAAGAAUUGAGACAAAUUUUGCUUCCUUUACAGUAUGUUGCAGCCUUCUGUUCAUCUUUUUUCUGCAGACAUUUAAUUCCUCAAAAAUAGUGUAGUUCCAAGAUAAAUGUAUUGGUUCUACUUUUUAUUUAUUUGGUAGCACUAACUUCUAUAAUGAAUUAUACUGCAAAUAUGGUAGUUUCACCACAGUCUGUAUAUUCUGCUGGAAUUGCCAAUACUGUUCCCCUUUGUCAGGUGGAUGAUAUUUUAUUUCCGGUUCGUGGUAGAAUAUCAACUACAUACACCUCUUAGAUUUUUAGCAGAUCACUGUAUUGGCAUUUAAUUUAAACUCUCAUAGAAGGCACCCUCAGAAUUUCUCCCAUUGAAGGUUAAUAUUUCUAUAAGAAAAUAUGAAACCAGGAUAUGCUUAAUGGAAUACAUGUUGUCUGUGUCUACUAUAGAAAUUUAAUUCAUGUUUAGCAGAUAGUUUCCUCAGCUUUAGAAGCUUUCUGUUUUGUUUUGUUUGUUUGUUUGUUUGUUAAUAAUGAAAAUGUCAAGUUCUAUUUGCCCACUAGAGGGAGGAAACACCACUGCAUGUGAGAACUGUUAAGAUCUCCUCACUUGGCGUGCCACCUCAUCAUAGCUGCUUUUCACAGAGAAGUGCUCCUUUUCGUGGACUCUUAAGCAGUUUACUGUAUAUAUUGUUUCGCAUUGCUGAUCAAUAAUGUGCUGUUUUUAAACUGUAAGAGCUAAACUGUGUUGACGAUGCUGCUGUCCUAAAAUUCAUAGUUUAUUUUUUUCCAAAGCUUUAAUACACCAUGCAAACUCUCAACGUAUAAUGAAAAUGUCCACAGUUUAUUCUUUGCUGCCUCAGAUUAU